AUGGAGUAUAAGAAGGAAGAUGAUUCAUUAGAUGAUUACGACAAUGAAUCAUCUUCAAUGUCAUGUUAUACUAUAAGUAACUUAUCACAGUUGUUUUUAAGUAUCAAAGAGAAUUAUGAAGAAAAUAAAUUAACAAAAUUAGCAAAAUCACUCCAAGAUGUAGCAAACGCUUUUAGAGCUAACGUGUUUAUUGACGAGUCAUUUGUUGGCUAUGAUAUUCCCUCAAUAUUAUAUAAUUGUGCUUCAAUUGGAGAGGAAAGCAUUGAAACGCACGCUUUGCUAUUUCUUAUUAACAUUAUAUCGUCAAAUGAACCAUAUUAUUUUCACUGUCUUGAUCCUGAAAAUGUCGAAAAAAUCCUGAUAGAAAUAUUUAGGAGUAGAAUAUAUCAUGCAAACUUUGCAUUCAAAAUUUUAACAAAUAUUCUUGAUAAAGAUAUCGAAUUCUCCUUAAGGAUCUUCAGUAAUAUUUCACCAGAUGAAAUAAUAUUUGCAGCGAUAGUCAUUUCAGAGUCAUGUUUAUCAUCUGAGCUGAACUCAACCUUAUUGAUAAACAAUGAAGUGAUAUUUCUUGAAAAAAUAAUAAGAUUGAUUCCUUUGAAUAAUUAUUAUGAAAUAUAUUGCCAACUCAUUGAUGAAGUUAUGAAGUAUUUUGAUAUUAAUCAUCCACAAAUGGUUGACUAUUUCAGACUUUUAAAUACACUUACCGAUUUCGAUCAAUUCAAAGAAUAUGAUGAAAAGUAUCAUUUUGGAUUAUUUAUGAAUCAAAAUCUAGAAAAUAUGCCAUAUGAAAUCACUUGUUAUGCCUUGGCAAUAUUAGCUUCAUCAGCUGUUUCACCAAAUGAAAUAAAAGUAGAACAAAUAUACAAAUUUGCAAAAAGCUCAGUUAAAAAUAUCCAACAGUCAGCAUUGUAUGCUAUUGGUAAGCUUAUUUUUUGUCACAAUCAAUUGUCUAACAUAUUUUACAGAUUUUUUAGUAUUGAAGAACUAAUUGAUAUCAAUCAAUAUGACUCAAAGAUUAAGUUAGAAGUAAUAUACAUACUAACAGCGUUUUCAAGAUUUUGUACAGAUGAUAUCAGACAUGAUUUAAUGAACGCAGGUGCAAUAGAAGAACUUCUAGAGUAUGCUGAUUUCUCUGAUUUUUCCGAUGAGAUUGCGAUUGCAGCAAUGUUAUUACUUAAAAAGAUGUUAUUUGUGAAUGGAAUAGAAUUUACACAGAGAUUUGUAGAAGAAAAUAAUAUCAUGGAAUCUUUAUCUGAUCUGUCUGAUAGUACCGAUAAUAAAGAAGUCCAUGAGCUUUUCGAUCAAAUAUCUCAAAAAUUAUUUUCUCCUGACGGAUGA